AUGAGCGCAGGGGGCCCUAGCGGAGCCCCGCGAUCGGCUGGCGCGCGGGCAACUAGCGGAGCAACGGGGACCGCCGGCGGAACCGGCAUCGGCGGAACGGGGAGGGGCGCAGCUCCGGGGAAGACUCCGCCGAAACACCCGCUGGCGCGGCGGCUGCGCGGGAAGAAAACCGAAGAAACCCUCGCAAAGGAGAUUGGCGUGGUGAUGGUUCAGCUGGGAAAGCUGGAGGCGGGCGGGGAGCGGAAGGUACGGCACGUGCUGCGGAAAUACGCCAAGUGCUUCGGCCCGGAGUGCGUUCUUGGUGCUCUGAACGAGCUCAUGCGGCGGAACGACGUGGACCGUACGAUCGAGGCGUUUGAGUGCAUCCGGACCGCUCACUGGUUCGAGCCGGAUCCAAUGCUUUAUGCGCGGAUGAUUGAGGUGCUGGCGCGGAACUCGCGCACAGACACUGCUGCUGCGCUCUUCGCCUCCAUGGAUGGGGGACCCGCUGUGCCCCUCACUGGCGGAAUGGCCAUGCUCGUGGGCGCAGGGGGGGGUGGGGGGAGCGGUGGGGGAGGGGCUGGGAGGGGUGGUGUGAGGGAGGAUGUGAGGGAGGGUGUGAGGGGGAAUAGGUGGGAGUCUGGCAGUGAUGACGAUGAUUCCAGUGGUGAUGACGUGGAUGGGUCGGAUGAUGAGCUGGCACCAGGCCUGGGGUAUGAUGACGAGGAUGAGGAUGAUCCGGAUGGGGAUCGGUGGGGCACGAGCAAGGGACGGCGGAGGCGACUCAAGAAGAAAGCUGCUGCUGCUGCCACUGCAGGUGGAAGAAGCAGAGGAGGGAGAGGAACAGGAGAAGGCGCAGGAGGAGCAGGAGGAGCAGGAGGAGCAGGAGGAGACACAUCAGCGGCAGCAGCGUUGGCGCGGCUGCCUCGUGUGAAACCAUGUGUGCGCACGCCCUCAGUGUAUGCAGCGAUGAUCGAGGCGUACGGUCGCCGCCACCAGGCCACGGCUGCCCUCGCACUGCUGCACCAGAUGAAGGCCACUCCUGGUUCUGCACCUGAUGCUGCGGCCUAUGGGUCGGCAGUGAAGGCACUAUGCCUGGUAGGCCGCACCACGGAGGCAGAGGAUCUUCUAGCGGACAUGGCGCACAGGGGCGUGCUGCCUGACGCCACUCCCUUCAACGCCCUGAUUGACGCGUACGGGGGUGCGGGGCAGCUGCAGCUGAUGCGAGACAAGUUCUUUGAACUCACCAGCGUGGGGUUGAGGCCAGACGUGCGCACGUUCAAUGGACUCAUCCGAGGUUUCGGCAGAGCCGGUCUGUUGUCAGAGAUGGAAGCAGUGUUUGAGAACAUGCAGAUGGGGUACCGCACAGCACCCAACGUACAUACAUUCCACGCCCUCAUGGAUGCCUAUGGCGCCCACGCCCUCCGAUUUCUGCACCGCCAAGACAGCAAGGGAACCGAGUGGUUUGAGUUGCAGCAUGAAGCCGCUCAGAGACAGCCGCAGCAGGAGCGGGAGGAGGAGGAGCAGACGGGGAGACGGGAGGGGAGGCAGCAGGAGGCCUGCCAGCGAGGCGGAGGGGAGCGGGAGGGGAGGUUUGGGAGGUCUGAGAGGAGGGGAGGGGAUGCUGAUGCUGAUGCAGCGGAGGGGCAGCAGGGGGGGAGGCAGCGGAGUGCAGAGCGCAGGCGGGGUGUGUUUGAUCGCAUGCAGCGCACGCUGCUGCAUCUGGUGAAGAUGCGCUACCGCCUGCAUGCCGAGUCGUUCGACCUGCCUCUCAAGUACCUGGCUCAGGCGGGCAUGGUGGAGGAGAUGGAGAAGGUGUUUCGGCUGAUGAGAGCCAUCGGCGUGCGCCUCACACCCACCACCUUCCCUCUGUCUUUCUUGGCCUCUCCCUUUUCCUCUCCACUUCCAUGCAUACUUUCUACUGCAGGCCGGUAUGGUGGAGGAGAUGGAGAAGGUGUUUCGGCUGAUGAGAGCCAUCGGCGUGCGCCUCACACCCACCACCUUCCCUCCGUCUUUCUUGGCCUCUCCCUUUUCCUCUCCACUUCCAUGCAUACUUUCUACUGCAGGCCGGCCGGUAUGGUGGAGGAGAUGGAGAAGGUGUUUCGGCUGAUGAGAGCCAUCGGCGUGCGCCUCACACCCACCACCUUCCCUCCCUCUUUCCUGGCCUCUCCCUUUUCCUCUCCACUUCCAUGGAUACUUUCUACUGCAGGCCGGUAUGGUGGAGGAGAUGGAGAAGGUGUUUCGGCUGAUGAGAGCCAUCGGCGUGCGCCUCACACCCACCACCUUCCCUCCCUCUUUCCUGGCCUCUCCCUUUUCCUCUCCACUUCCAUGGAUACUUUCUACUGCAGGCCGGCCGGUAUGGUGGAGGAGAUGGAGAAGGUGUUUCGGCUCAUGAGGGCAAUCGGCGUGCGCCCCACACCCACCACCUUCACCCUUCUCGCUGACGCCUACAGCGCCGCCGGGCAGCCCAAACAAAUCCUGCGCCUGCUCAAGCAGAUGCAGUCCAUGCCCCUUGCUACCCGAAAAGAAAACAAUUCUGCUCUUAACAGCAGCAGCAGCAGCAGCAGCAGCAGUGGCAGUGGUGAUUCUUCCAGUGCACGCAGCAGGCUGCUUGCAGCGGCAGCAGUGGCAUUCGCCUCAGCUGUGGAGAUCAAGGAGAUGGAGUGGUGCCUGCUGCUCCUCCACCCUCUCACCACCACCCCUUCCUCCGGCCCCACUCUCUCCUCCCCCUCCUCUACCUCCUCUCCCUCCACCUCUCCCGCCUCCUCUCCCUCUUCCUCGUCCCGCUCCACCUCCUCGGCCUCAUCCUUCCCCCCUGCCACCCUGGCCGAUCCCGCGCGGCUGCAAGCAUGGGUGGGGGCGGGGGGCGGAGGCGUGGGGGUGGUGUCGGCAGCAGUGGAGGCAUACGCGCGUGCAGGCAUGCUCUCUCACAUGGAGGCUCUAUUCAUGGGGGCUCAGGGCAUGGGGAUGGGUGCAUGGGGGAUGGGGAUGGGUGCAGGUGGCAUGGGAUUCGAUGCCCGUGGCAUGGGGAUGGGUGCGAUGGGGGCAGGUGAGAGCAUGGGAAUGGCUGCGGCAGGAGAUGGGAUGGGUGCAGGAAGGAUGGGGGCAGGUGGCAUGGGUGGGAGUGAUUCGGCUUGGGGGAGAGGUGCGGUGGAGGGCAUUGGAGGUGGGAGGAUGGGGGGAAUGGGGGUGCAUGGUGGGGGAAUAGGGGGACGGAUUAUGGGGGGAGGGACGAUUGCAGGAGAGACCAUGGGGAGAAGAACCAUGGGUGGGGGGAUGAUGGUGGAAGGGCGGAUAUGGGGAGGGAGGGAGGGGAGGUCAUGGGAGGGGAAUGGAGGGGGAUCAAGGGGAUGGGUAGAGGGGCCUGUGGAAACAGGGAUGGCGGUAGCUGGAGGAGUUGAGUACGGUGCUAAUGGUAGCUAUGGCCUUGGUGGUGAUAGGUCGAGGUACGGAGGCGAGGGUUAUGAGGGUGAUGGGUAUGGUGGCGUGGUGAGAAGCUAUCAGGGCUAUCAGGGUCUUUCCUCCUUCCCCUCCCCUCCCUCAUCCAGUUCACAUCACCACCCCCGCGGCCGCCACCGGCUCGUUUUGUCCUCAUCUGCAUGCAACGCCAUGGCUGAAGCUUAUGCUGCAGUGGCCUCCCCGGGCGGCGUGAGGCGAGUCAUGGCUUAUAUGCUUCGGCAUGGAGUGGCCCGCAACGAGACGACCAUCGCCGCCCUCCUCUCUGCCUGCGCAGCUGCUGCUGACGUGGCGGGGAUGGAGGCGGCUCUGCAGCGGGCGGUGCGACGUGGCAUGCUGGAAACAACUCCAGCUGGCGCCUACGUGGCACCAGGCGGAGCAGUCCGGAGCCUGCCAGCUGGCGCUUAUGUGGCAGCAGCGCAGGCGUUUGGAACUGCAGGGAAGGUGGGAAGGAUGAGGGAGAUGCUGGGAAUCGCACGGCAAGUGGGGCAGGCGGGGCAGGUGGGGCAGGUGGGGCAGGUGGGGGAGGCGGGAGUUGUGCAAAGUCACUUAGGGAAUGAUUCUGGUGGUGGAAAGGGAAUGAGAGUGGGUGAGAGUAGGAGCGGAUCUGAAUUGGGUGGUAUUGGAGGUGGGAUGGGAGGAAGGGGGGAGUGGUUCCUGGAUGGAGAGAAACGACCGUGGGCAGCUGCAGAGGAGGUUGAGAGGGAGUGCUAUUUGACUGCCAUCGACGCUUUUCUUGCCUCUGCUGAUAACGAUGACGAUGCUGGUGAUAGCUGCAGUGGUGGUUUGGCCGACACUUGGAGAAAGAGAGAGGGAGAAGGGGGAGCAGCCGGCAACAGAUGGUCCGAAGCUGACUCACCAGCAGCAGCUUCGGCGAUAGGUUCGGCAGCCGGGGCAACCGAGGAGCCACCAGCUUUGGGGCGAGCGGAGGCGCUAUUGGAGGAAAUGCAUGGGCGGGGGAUGUGUGCUGACAUGGCGACGUACAGUGCUGUGCUGGCAGCGAGGGGGCAUGGGGCGGUGGUGGAGGGGGCAGCAGAGGAGGUGCUUGAGGUGGAGGCGUGGGGGAUGAGUGAGGGGGCCGUGUGCGCUGCUGCCCUGCUCUUGCUGCUGGCACAGGCACAAGCACAAGCACAAGCACGGGCAGAGACAGACAGAAAGAAUACCCCAACACAAGUGGAAUGUAUGUCAUCUGAUGCUACUGCUGCUCCUGCUUCUGCUCUGCCUACUGCUACUGCUGCGACGGCCUCUGCAGCAUCAGCAGAAUCCCACCUGCUGCUUCACUGGCUCUGCUCCCUACAGGCUGGUCGCUUCCGCCCUCUCGUUUGCUUCCUGGGCCUGUCGCCGGUAGAGGGUGGGAUGACACGGGACUUGACGCUGGAUGGAGGCUUGGAGAGCAGAGGAGUAACUUUUGAGCUGACUCAAAAGUCGCUGGAGGGAGGCUUGGAGAGCAGAGGAGUGGGGCAGCAAGAGGUGGUUGGGAGAUUUGGCUCGCAGGGCAGUGGAGAGGAGCGGCGGCAACAGCUGACAGGAUCUGAUGCUUCAUCAGCACAAGAGAAGGCUCUGUUCCACGACUUAAGGAAGCUUCUUCGAAGCGUCCAAGGCAGUGCCCACCCUGCUUCCCUGCGCCCUCUGUUUGCCUCUCUUGCCGCAGCUCUCUGCAGGUUUGGCAGGCUUCGCCGAGCCUGUUUGGUCCUGGAAGAGGCUCGGAGAUUUGGAACAUAUCCAACACCGCCGAGCCUACCUGUGCCGAGCCUGGCUGGCCCGGUUUGGUCGCUGGACCUGCACUUGUACCGAGGUCCGGUGGCAGUGCUUGCACUGGCAGUGUGGCUGGAGGAGCUCUGCUGGAAGAUUUCCAAAGCUGAAAAGGAGGCUCGGGAUGGUUUAGUGGAAGGCUCGGGAGGAGAGAGACUCGGAAGGCAAGUAUUGAAAGGAGAUAUUGAAGGGGAUGAUGAGAAACAGUGGCCUGAGCGAGCAGUGAUUGUAUUGGAGGCCAGUGGGCAUGAGUUGCUGGAGCCAUCACAAGGGCGGAGAGCUGUGAGGGACUUUAUGGCUUGUAGUGAGUCGCCUUUUAAAGCGGUCAGUAGUGAUCCGUAUGGGCGCAUGGAUGCAGAGGUGGAUGGGUUGAGGGAAUGGGUGGAUGGGAAGUGGCCGAUAGCAAGUGAUGCAGGGAAAACAGCAGGGAGCGUUGCCUUGAAGCAUUUCAGGCCUGGUCUGUGGCAAGACGUGAGAAACUUUCUGCUGGUUUAUUUUGAGCAAUGA